UCUUUUCAGUUGGGCAGAGUUCGUCUGCGAUUGAUGUCGCUAUGUCUGAAGAGGAAUCUUUCGUUAACUUUAGUUUGCCGUUUCGUUCUCUCUGUGGCGAAGUGAACUCUUCUGCCUUGAAGACUAGUGUUUACUCACAGUUUCCCAGAUUGACAUUAAUAGAGGCUUGUGCCGAAGAUGUGGUGAAGUUGCAAAACCUGAUUUCCGAACACAAUGCCCUUAAAGAGACUUUGCUUAAAGUCAAUGGCACAAUGGAAAAUUAUUACAAAAUCUCCCAAGAAAGGUAUAAGGAAGCAUCGGCUCGGGCGUUAAGGUACCAGGAGCAGGCAAAUUCACUUAAUGAGCAAAUAGUUCAACUGCGUGAAGAGAAUCAACAAUUGAAAGAUGAGGUGGCAUCAACUCGUGCGGCAGUCCAGACGAUAUAGGAAAUUACACAAGAAGAAACCCAGGAGCUAGGACAAACUUUUUCUGAAAAAGUAAUUAAUUAUAAGUUUACGUGUAGAGAUUGAAGCCCAUGAUAAUGCACGGGGCCUCAAACUGCUGGACAUCAGCGUGCAGAUGUCAGUAAGCAGUGUCAAAUCGUAGAUAAAAUUAUCCUCAUAUCGGCUUGGGAUUCCCGAUUGGCAAUUAACUUAGGAGCAACGACUUUGAUAAAAGUGAAAGUGCUCCAUUGGCCUUGAGAUUGGAUCACUGCAAUUGUAGGUUUCCUGCAAAAAUAUUAAGCUAAUUAUCUUGAACUUAAAUUAUAUUAAAUAUGUAUACCCAAUUGCGUAUUAAUAAAAUUCU